AUGGACUACACGACAAAGAUACGUUCCGCCCUCCAAACCCAGUCCUUCCCGACACCCUCAAUUCCUUGGACGACGAGCCUGACCUCCCGUGUCCCGACCCCUCCCCUCCCCUCGCUCAUUGCGACCGCCAAAGCCCGCCUGCUCGCCUCGGACCUCACAACGCCGGGUCUCCUCGACCAGUCUGCCACUGCGAGCCUCCCGGCACCGACCCUCGAGCUUCCCGAGUCGGUCCUGCAGAAAGAUGUCCCCUGCCAGGUCCUUGACGUCGAGAACCUGAGUCUCUCGCGCUGGGAGCAGGUCGAGGAGCUCGAGGCUGUUGCCAGGGGGGAGCAGACGACGGGCCGGAGGGUCGUGAGGCUUGCUGCGGCUGAGGAGCCCGAGUAUGAUAACAUCGACGAGGGUGGGGCAGUUGGAGCGAGUAGAGCUCCGCAGCAGCAGCGACGGAACGCUACGCAUCGGCUGGUAUUGCAAGACUCCAAGGGGAACAAGAUUUAUGCGAUGGAGCUCAAACGGAUAGACAAGAUCGGGAUCGGCAGCACGUAUAUCGGCGAGAAGGUCAUGCUCAAGAAGGGUACGGUCAUUGCGAGGGGCACGGUGUUGCUGGAGCCGGAGAAGUGCGUGAUGCUCGGGGGCAAGGUCGAUGCGUGGCAGAAGGCCUGGGUAGAGGGGAGAAUGGCGAGGUUGAAGGAGGCUGUCGAAGCUGAAAGGUGA